AGGCAGUACGUCAACUUCAACCAGUGUGCCAAAGACGCCGACAAACACAUGCAAAGACUAGGCGCCACCCGCAUCCUCGAGAUAGGGAUGGGCGAUGACGACCAGAACAUCGAGGAGGACUGGGAGCAGUGGAAGGACACCGGCCUGUGGGCCGCCCUGCAGACGGCUCUGGGGGCCAAGGUCUCCCAGGUUUCCGAGGAGGUCUCCGAGGCUCUGGAGACGCCCGAAGCGGCGUUCCAGAAGCUGCAGCUGCGCGCGGAGGUCAGGGAGGCGGCCAAGGAUUUGCCAAUCGACCCGUUGGUGCAGGUGGGCGGCGCGGACGUGCUCGGCAAGUGGUACUUCGGCGC